AGAAGGUGUAGAGCUCACUGUCAACAUGUUGCUCUCUGUGUCGCUGCUGCUCCUGGUUUGCGGAUCACAAGCCGUCCAUUAUUACGGCACCGUGAUGACCUACUACCCAAAGGAAAUGAUGACCAAUGGAUCUCUCUUGGUAAACGUUCGCUACAAGCUGAGCUUCGUUGCUUGUACAGCCAACGACACGUGGAGCUGCAGUGGCAACUGUGGAAGCGAGACGGCGGACGUGGAGCUGAACGUCGUUGAUGAAAGCCCGGGCGAGUGGUGCCAGAGAGAAGGCAUCAUGACCCGCCUGGUGUCCGGCACCGCUCCGUUUCAGCUUCAGUUGGAUGGUGGAAACUGGAUAACUGGAAUUAUAAACAGCAUCGUGUCCUGGAGAGCCGUGACUGACGUCGAGCUGAGCUUCCGGUCCGAUAGCAACCAAAUCAACACGUCGCCAGUGACCACCAUCCUCCCAGCUCUGAGGAUUCCUUCAAACUGUCCAAGAAACAUCAGCUUGUUGGCGUUUGACCCUGAUGGAGACGAGGUCAGAUGCAGAAACGGGAUUACAUCAGAUUCAGAGUGCAACCCGUGCACGCCUCCGUCCGUCCUCAGCCUCUCAUCUUCUUGCAGUCUGUCAUUCAGUCCAACAAACAGCAGCAACGAAGGGCCGUACGCAGUGCAGCUGGUGAUGGAAGACUUCCCCAGGCAGAACAUAAAUCUGUUUCAACCCGACGGCUCCUUGGUGCAGAAGACGACCAACGAAGCCAUCAGCAAGAUACCGGUCCAGUUUGUUUGGAAAGUGGAUCCUGCUGUGCCGUCCUGCUCUGAAGGAGUCUAUCUGCCCAGAUUCCUCUCUCCGACUCCGGACCACGGAGCCCAGAUCCUCACCACUGUCAGCCAAACAGUAGAAAUCAACAUCAGAGCAGAGGCCUCUCAAUCCACGAUCUCUGGCCUCCUGUUCAGCGGUCCUCAUAAUGUGGUGAAAAACACACAGGCAUUGGGAAACUUCACCUUGACAUGGACACCAUCUAAUUUUGAAAGUGGAGAAAGCCAUCCCAUCUGCUUUGUCGUCCAGUCGACUUCAGCUUCGUCCGUGUAUCAGUCUGACCUUAGAUGCGUCAUUGUAAAAGUUGGGAAUCACUCUGCACCAAGUCAACUGGUGCAAGCCACGGCUCUACCCACAGGUACCACGGUUAUCGUUUCCCAAACAUCAGCAGCUCCAACGACAACAACCCACUUCACAACUACAACCGUCUCACCCACGUCAACAGUCACAACAAUUAUACCACCACCAGUUUCCACCCAAUCCCCAACGACAGCCAUUCCACUCAUGGCAACAGCAACCGUCCAUUUCCCAACUACAACCACAUCUGCCCCAACUACAACUACAGCUGCACCGACAACGCCUCCACCUCUACCCCCACCCACAACGCCAGCUGCACCAACAACAACCGUCCAUUUCCCAACUACGACCACAUCUGCCCCAACAACAACUACAGCUGCACCGACAACAACCACUCCACCCAUGCCAACAACAACCGUCCAUUUCCCAACUACAACCACAUCUGCCCCAACUACAACUGCAGGUACAACUACAGUUGUCUCUCCAACAGCCCCACCAAUCAUGCCACCAUCACCUCAGACCAGUGCCCCAACAACUCCGCCGCCUACAAGCACAUCGGAUCCAGGACCAUAUUAUGUUAUUGCUUUGAAUGCAAAGAUCUCAACAAGACUUUCACUGGAGAAUGACUACAACACAAUCUUGCAACUGAUUAAAAAAGAACUGACUGAUCAAGGAUUACCACAAAACAUCAUCGUAACCAUCCAGAGAAACGGUGCACUGGAAAUCACAGCUGCCCCCUAGUGGCUAAAAAUAUGAAUGUUACUGAACUCUGCAGAAAAUGGGUUUCCAGAUGUUUUUAUUCAGCUUCACUGUUUCAUCUCCUGUCUGUAUAUUGUUGACUGUAUUUUAUAUGAUGUCUAUACAUACAUUUAGCUUAUUUAUAAAUCACAUGUGGAUAGUUAGGCCCGAGCAGCUAAGGGCUGCGAAGGCCUAUUGAAAUUGUGCUGUAAAUUAUUACAUUUUAUUUCCGGUUGUUGAAUCAAUAUUGAAAGUGUUCUAUAUAGAAUUUGGUAGUUUAAAUGGUUUUUGUCUGUUAUUUUUUUCUGUGUUUCCUAACCUGGAAGAAUUUCUAAUAUUUGUAAAGAAUGCUUGUAAACGUCUCUCAUGAUGUAAAUAAAUCAAAGACAACUAUUGAGGGCAGUAAAAACUUUUCCAAGUGAGGGAGCUAAAUGUUUAGGUUUGCCAGAAUAAACUAU